AAGUGACUUGAUAGCGUUAUUACGUUAAAAAACUCGCGAAUGAAUUCCAAGUCCACCCCGCAAACAAGUCAACAACCAGCAAUAAAGUGAAGUCUUUGUACUAUAAUUAAAGGGAUGGCACCAUCUAUAAAUUUGCCUUCUCUCAACUUGAUGAAUUGUUCGAUUUGCAUAAUGCCUGGUUUAAAUAUCCCUUUAUGCCUUGUGCUUUUCUUCAUCAGUAGCACAGUAUCAGAUGAUGAUACCUGUUACUGCCCAAACACAACUACUUACAAUACAAACACCUCUUAUCCUUCCAACCUCCGUUUGCUACUUUCAACCCUUUCUAAUGCCUCUAAGGAACAUAACUUUUACAAUUCCUCCACUGGUGGCAGCGGUAGCAAUGGUAAUUCUGAAAGAUUUUACGGUCUGUUUAUGUGUCGAGGCGAUAUUGCCAGAGGGUCAUGUCAAGAUUGUGUAACUAGUUCUUCUAAUAAAAUAAUCCACAGCUGCCCCGGCGGAAAAAUGGCUGUAUUUUGGUCGGACGGUUGCUUAUUACGUUAUUCUAAUCAAUCAAUAUUCCCCGAGCCAGAUUAUCAAUCCAUAAUAAAAACACCAGAUAAACCUUAUAUGCUACAUAAAACUAUUCAAUUUACCACUGAUGAACAGAGCAGGUUCAAACAGAAGCUACAAGAAAUGAUGGAUGAUGUGGUGACUCAAGCUGCCAGUGAUCGUUCGAUAGGCAAGAGAUUUGUCACUAGAGAAACCAAAUUAAACAGCGACAUAACAAUUUAUGCCUUAGCUCAAUGCAUUCCUGAUAUUUCUUCUUCUGAUUGCCACAAGUGCCUUGGAAAUGCCACCAAUGUUUUCCGUAAGUGCUGUGAUGAAUAUAGGGGUGCUAGAGUUCGAUUUCCUAGUUGUGUUAUGAGGUAUGAAGAGUACCAAUUCUACCAUAGCCAAGGGCAUGCUGGAAUCCUAAAACAAUUAGCACUAAUUAUUUGUGUAGUCGCUGUUGUCGCUAUUUUGUUUCUACAAUCCAGUGGAGUCUUUCCUUUAAUACUGAGGAAAAGAAGGAAGAAAAGAAGUAAUACUCUAAAGGAGAUGAAUGAUGAUCUUGGUGGGAUUCUAACAACUGAAUCCUUGCAAUAUGACUUUAGUACAACUGAAGCUGCCACUAACUGUUUCUCGAUGGAAAACAAAAUUGGUGUAGGUGGAUUUGGUGAUGUCUAUAAGGGGGAACUUCCUAGUGGACAAGAAAUAGCUGUAAAAAGGCUAUCAAGAAGAUCAAGCCAAGGUGUAGAUGAAUUUAAGAAUGAGGUUUUACUUGUAGCUAAGCUUCAACACAAAAAUUUAGUGAGACUGCUCGGUUUUUGCUUGGAAGGAGAAGAAAAGAUACUCAUCUAUGAGUUCAUGCCCAACAAAAGCCUCGACUAUUUCUUAUUUGAUACGAAGAAGCAAGCAACGUUGAGUUGGUCAGUUCGUGACAAGAUUAUAAGAGGAAUAGUACGAGGAUUAGUUUAUCUUCAUGAAGAUUCUUGUCCUCGAAUCAUACACCGUGAUCUCAAAGCAAGCAACAUUUUGUUAGACAAAGACAUGAACCCAAAAAUUUCAGAUUUUGGCAUGGUUAGAAUAUUUGGAGUUGAUCAAACUGAAGGAAGCACUGACAAAAUAGUUGGCACAUACGGCUACAUGUCUCCAGAAUAUGCGAUGCAUGGUCAAUUUUCUGUGAAGUCUGAUGUAUUCAGUUUUGGUGUGCUUCUUCUAGAGAUAAUAAGUGGAAAGAGAAAUAGAUCGUUUUAUCAAGAAGAUAAAUUUGACGACCUUCUUACCCACGCUUGGAAGUUGUGGAAAGAUGGCAAAGCUAUGGAACUUGUAGAUUCAACUCUUAUCGGUGACUCAAAUUCAAGGUCUGAAAUCAUGAGAUGUAUAUAUAUUGGACUCUUAUGCGUUCAAAAUGAUUUGGAUGAAAGACCUACAACUGUGUUGAUAGCUCAUAUUUUCUGUACAGAUUCUGCUACUCUGUCAGAGCCAAAUCAACCAGCAUCUUUUAAGGAUUAUACUAGAAUAGGAAAGAUGCAUCAACUCACAAGAAAAUCCAUUCCAUCGUCCGUUAUUCAAGAAUCAAUUACUGAAGUCUAUCCGAGGUAGUAUACCCAAGAUCACCACGUAUAGAGAAUAUUCUCAACUCUUAAAAUCAUCACAGCAAGUCUUUUGUAAUGAAUUUUUCACUUUCUGUGACAAAUACGAAAAGACUUAUUUCUUGUAGUGAUAACUAGCUAAUGACUCUCAAUAUUGAGCAUUUUGGAAUAGAACUUUAUUUUGAACUAGUGAAUUUAUCUGAGCUUCGCGCG